UGGGCAAGAACCAAGAAAAAGUGCAAGAAACCAUGUCCAGCAACUUUUGCUCUUUCUUGCACUCAAUAUGCUCAAUCAUGGAGUGCCCUAAAGUCUUCCAUGCAUUUCUCUAACCUUUCUUGCUUUCUUUAGCUUCCCUGUAAACCAUGUAUAUAGAUAACCAGACAUGAUUAAACCCUCCUCACACAAACACCUUACACACACACACACACAUACAAACGCUCUCUCCCUCUCUCCCUCUCACCAUGAGGCCUUCGAGUUUUGCGGUGCUUGCAUUGUCCAUCGCUCUCUUCCUCCUAUCCACUCGAGUCCCAGUGUCGCAAUCCGUGAUCUCAUGCAGCGACGUGUUGAAGGACCUGAGGCCGUGCGUGAGCUACCUCAAGAGUGGCUCGGGGAUGCCGCCGCCGGCGUGUUGUGCGGGAGUGUCGGCACUCGCGAAUGCGGCUACGAGCUCGGCAGAUAAGAAAGCUGCGUGCGCGUGCAUCAAGAACGCAGCCCAGAAGAUGAACCCUAACGCACAGUUGGCCCAGGCUCUUCCUGCGAACUGUAAAAUCACCUUGCCCGUCGCCGUUUCCCCCAACGUUGAUUGUUCCAAGGUCGGCUGAAACCAUAGUGAGUCCGCAUGGUCACGGUUCAAGCUAUUUUGAUAAGCGACGACUAUAUUAGUCUGUGAGUUGGAAUAAGGUGAAGAACGAAGCUGCCGAUGUUUCUUGUAUAACGUUUCUCGUCCGUACCUAUGUGAUGCUUAUCGAGCCAAUAUAUGAUAUGUACCGAUUAAUAAUAAAGCAUACUGUGUCGGAAUAUGUUUGAUGGGAUGUAAUAAAACUUAUAGAACGGUUUUUAUA